AGUAGCCCUGCAGAGCGCUUCACCCUGGAGUGGUUGGGCCCUCCUCCCGCAAGUCUUCAUUCCCAUCGAAAUCCCUGCGAGUGACUUGACAUCUGAGGAAGCAAGACCUAACCGAGCUGUCAAUUCCACUUCGUGACAGCGUUGUGAAGUCUGCCGUCCAAUGAAGCAGAGAUUAAUGAAGCCCGUCUAUCCGUUCCAGGGAAAAAAAUGAGUGGAGGGUUAGCACCAAGCAAAAGCACAGUUUACGUGUCCAAUUUGCCCUUCUCGUUGACAAACAGUGACUUAUACAGAAUUUUUUCCAAAUAUGGCAAAGUGGUUAAAGUGACAAUUAUGAAAGACAAAGACACACGAAAGAGCAAAGGGGUUGCUUUUAUUUUGUUCUUGGAUAAAGAAUCAGCACAGAACUGUUCUCGGACGCUUAACAAUAAACAACUGUUUGGAAGAGUAAUAAAAGCAAGUAUUGCAAUUGACAAUGGAAGAGCUGCAGAAUUCAUCCGCAGGCGAAACUACUAUGACAAAUCAAAGUGCUAUGAAUGUGGAGAAACGGGGCAUUUAAGCUAUGCAUGUCCUAAGAACAUGCUAGGGGAGCGUGAGCCACCAAAAAAGAAAGAAAAGAAGAAAAGAAAGAAAGCAAUUGAAGAAGAAGAAGAAGAAGAGGAAGAAGAAGAAAUUGAGGGAGAACGAGAAAGUGAAGAGGAGGGAGAAGACCCUGCCCUUGAUAGCCUCAGUCAAGCUAUAGCUUUCCAGCAAGCCAAAAUUGAGGAAGAGCAGCAAAAACUGGUGCAGGCAGAAGAGGAGGCCUCAACCUCUGAUUCAAGACGACCGCGGAUCAAAAAAAGUGCAUAUUUUAGUGACGAGGAAGAACUUAGUGAUUGAUUCAUAUACCAUGUACAUUUAUAAAAUGUAGGCUUCUUUUAUUCUACACACAUUUGUGAUGCUAUGAAGACUUCUCUCCUAUUGUAAAUAAAAAACAGUAAUUUGAGGACAUCA